CCCGCACCAACCGCCGCAGCCCCGCGCCGCGCUGCCGGCCGCCGCCGCCGCGGCUGCAGGCCCUUCAAGGAGGUGUUUACCUGUCACACAGCAGGAGCAAAGCAAAGAACUGGAGAGACAGUAAUCUAGGCAAAGCAACAUGGAGAGGAGGACAUGGAUAUCUUGGGAAUCAUAGAGAAGAAGGUUUGGAAGGGACCUCAGGAAGUCAUCUUUUCCAACCCUCCAUUCAAGGAUCUGCGUUUAUACUGAAAGUUCAAGUAAAUGACUUUGUCAGUCAUCAAUACCUAUGCCAGGCAACUGUAGAAGUGUUUGUUAACUACACAAAGACAAAUUCCACGCUCACUGGAAACAAUGGAGCAGUAUUAAUAAAAGUUCCCUACAGGUUGGGACUAAGCUUAACUAUUGUGUCAUACAAAGAUGGCUACAUGUUAACACCCUUACCAUGGAAGACUGGGAGAAUGCCAAGGCAGGCAGACCACAACACAGGAGCAGCAGCUGGGGACUUAAGUCCCAAAGAAGUAUACUCAUCUGUGACACUUUCAUUGUUUCCACAAAGCCAAGCUAAUAUAUGGCUGUUUGAAGAUACUGUUUUAAUUACUGGAAAACUGUCCGAUGCCAAAUCUCAACCAAGUGUUCAGUUUCCCAAAUAUUUAAUAAAACUUCCAAUAAACCACCAUAUUACAAAUGUGACAGCCUAUCUGACAGUGCCACAGCAGUUUUUGAAAGUGGACAAUUUUCUCUACACAACAGGGAUCCUUCUAAAUAAAUCAGGUUUUAAAAGUAUUGAAUUGACCCCUCUUGCUGCAAUAUGUGUAAGCCUCCUUUCUGCUGGAAAAGAAUUGAAAGUUAAUGGUCCCAUUCAUAUUACAUUGCCUCUUCUACCUACAAAUAAUGUAAAAUCAGGAGAUGCUAUACCUGCAUGGACAUUUGACCUGAAAACUGGUGCCUGGGUAAAUCGUGGGCUGGGAAUGAUAAAGGAAGCAAAUGACCGUUUAGUAUGGAAGUAUGUUGCUCCAACCUUAGGGUAUUGGAUAGCAGCUCCACUGCCUGGAACUACAGAUUCAAUUAUUAGUGCAGUUUCCAAGGAUAUAACAGCCUAUCAUACAGUGUUCCUAACAGCUAUAUUGGGAGGUACUGUUGUCAUUAUUAUUGGAUUCUUCGCUGUCCUUCUUUGUUACUGCAGGGAUAAAUGUGGUCAGUCACAAAAGAAGGAAAAAAAUACAACUAAACUGGAAGUCUUAAAAAAGGACCAGACAACAUCAACAACUCACAUAAAUCACAUCAGUGCUGUCAAGGGGUCAUUAAGGGUAGGGGAUAAAUCACAGUUAUACUCACCUAAAGUUUCAUCUUAUAGCCCUCAAAGAAAGACUUCUACAGAAAGAGAGGACAAAAAAUCCCGGGGCAGUUUUAAAAUUUAUACAGAAGAUGCCUCGUAUCAGUCAUCAAAUCAGAGUAGUCAUUCAAGGAAUUCAUCCCAGUCCUUGGAUCCUAGUGCUGGAGUUAGACACAUGCAGCAGCCAAAGCAUAUCAACAGUAGUGUUUCCCAGUCUCCAAGGGAUGUUCAAGACCAAAACCUAUAUCUUGCAGUAAAAGAAGAGAUGUUUGGGCUUUCCCAUAUUCCAGAACAACUAAUGCAUAUAUACAGUCAGCCUAUUGCCAUCCUUCAAACUUCUGACCUUUUCCACUCUCCUGAGCAGUUACAUGCUGCUAAGUCAGCUACUUUGCCAAGAAAGGGUCAGUUAGUCUACAGUCCUGUGAUGGAACCCAUGAAUCGUGACAGUUAUACACAGACGUUACCCAAGAUGCCAAUGCAUGUUCAUCCACAGCCCCCAACCUGCAGAGAUGAGAAAGCCAUACUAGAUGGUCAACAAGGUUUACCUUCCCAAAAUUCAAAUUGGGAUCGGUACACCAACAAUUUGCUGGAAUCUGUCUCUGUUCCUGGGACACUGAAUGAAGCAGUUGUAAUGACCCCAUUUUCAUCUGAGCUUCAAGGUAUUUCAGAACAAACAUUACUGGAGCUUUCCAAAGGAAAACCAUCCCCACACCCCAGAGCAUGGUUUGUGUCACUAGAUGGAAAGCCAAUUGCUCAAGUAAGGCACUCUUUUAUAGAUCUGAAGAAGGGCAGAAAAACAGAUAGCAAUGACACUAGUCUGGACUCAGGAGUUGACAUGAAUGAACAUCAUCCCAGUCGAAAACUAGAGAGGGAGAAAACUUUCAUUAAAAGCAUGCCUCAUUCUAAGAUCCUUUAUUUGGAAGACUUGGAUCUGAGUAGCAGUGAAAGUGGGACCAAUGUUUGCACCCCUGAAGAUCAAUCUAUGAGACACAUGCUGGAUGGAGGAAGUGGAUCAGUUACAGAACAGCAAAUUGAAGAACCAAUAAGAAGAAAAAAUAAAGCAGAAGGUCAUGAGUCCAGUACUCCUCCAGGUAAAAAAAGGAAUAGGCCACAUAUGGCUAAAAGAGAGAGCAAAAAUAACAUUUGGAAAAAGAGAGAAGAGAGACCCCUUAUUCCUAUAAACUAAAACACAGUGUGUUUAGUAUUGUUGCUCCUCUUGGGGGUUCGUGCACUGUUUCCUCUUGGCUUCUUGCUGUAAAUUUGCAAUGUUGAAUUUGUAAGGAAAGUCUAAAUUGUUUUCUAGUAUCAGGUAAAGUUACAAUUUUUAAUGUCGAAACUAAGGAUUAUGACUAAGAAAUUGAUAUAAAAUGUGAAUUUGUCACUCAGAAUUGCUAAUAUUUAAAUUUUCCAGUUGCUAUUUUUGGCAAUCUGAAAAAGAAGGCUUCAUUUUAAUAAGCCUUUCAUUCUUGGGUACACCUCUGGGAAUGCACAGCUACAAAUGUAGGCACUCAAUAAAGAAGGUAUUUUUAAUGUUGCUGGCAUUGUACUAGUUUGGGAGUUUCAGAUGUUUCUGAAAUAUUGUAUCUAACUUAAGUGACCAUUCAUAGUAUUUAUAAAUUACCUUUGCUGUGGUCCUAAUCACUGCUUCAUUUUGCAUCGCUUAAUCACGUUAGUAUGGUCUUGAAAUAAUUAAGGACUUGAUGUCUGUCCACUCUCAACUAUUAAAAUGUCAGCUAAAUCCUUUUUCAUGUACUAUUCAAUGUACAUUGAGCCAAAUCAUGUUGAGUUGCAAUCUGGGUUGUGUCAGAUUUAUACUGUUGUAAUUAGGGUAGAACACAAUACGUAAUGUUUAGGGAUCUACCUAAAUUGUGGUGAAUGGAGUUGAUUUUGCAGCCUUUUUGCACGGAGCUCGCCCCUUGCCAUGGAUUGGCCAAGAGGGCUGCCUGUUGUGUGGUCCCACCCCUUGCCGCUGAUUGGUGGAGAGGGGUGGGGCCAUGUAACGGGAAGUUCUCUAAGCUAAUCAGCUGUAGGGGGCAGGGAGGGGCGGCUGCUAUCUUGGCUGCUCCAAUUCCUACCCCACCCCCAGUGGGCUGUGAGGCCAGGCCGCAACGGCCAUGAGGACCACUGGCAUCCACUGGGGAGCCAGGAUGUUGUGUUUAGGUGAGGGUUUUUGGGGGGGGGGGGCGGUGUUCUUGGGCAAUGCCCGAUUUCAGGGUUUUCAUGAAAUCAAAGUAGGUCCCUAGUAAUGUCCAACAAAAAUAUUGUAUAUAUGGACAAAUAGUGCCUUUGCAGGUUGUGAGGCUCUUUUUUAAUGAUAGGGGGAAAAUUGUCAACACAUCAACCAGUGUCGAUUUUCCCCAGUCUGAGCUACUUUUGUCAUAGGCUGUGCAUCACAGGGGUGUUAAUCAGACUUUAUAAAAUUGAUUGCUUGUUUAGAACAGGAAGAAGCUGAGCUGCAACCUUGGUCUGCAAUAUAAUAGAGUCUUGAUUAUGAGUUACUCCUCAGUUAAAUGGAUACCAAAAGUCAUGAAUGCAUGAAAUAUAACUAAGAUAUGUAUAGGGGGAGGAAAAAUCCAUCAGAAUAUAUUUUAUGUUUAAAAAAUAAUUUUGUCAAAUUGAUAGAUUCUGCUUUGGCUAACAGAAAAGUAGAUGUAUACUCUUUAACAUGCUUUACAUAAAUAGGGUGUCUUUCAAUUACCUUAAAGGUGUUUCUCUGAUAAGUUGCAACACUUUGGCUUUGGUAAUUUAAUUUUAAACUAUCCUAGUUAGGAUAGUUCUUAAAAAUAUUUUUAAUUUAUGUAGAAAGUUAAGAUGGGGGAGAAUAUCGAGUAAAGCAUUUCACUGAAUGGCCUAACAAGGUCCAAGGGGGAUAGACCACAGAAUCAUGGACUUUUAGAUUUCUCAGCAACAACAUAGAACAGCUCAUAAUGCUGAUGAGAUUUUGAGAAUGUAGUGUCAGCUCUUCCAAAAUUGCAAGGUAAUGAUUGCCUUGUGACAGAGAGUUGGGACUGGGGGGUGGGGGUAAAGGACUUAAAAAUGAACCCCUCUAAAGGGAAGAAUAUUAGAGUGGAAAGCAUGUAGCUUCUUGCUGAUUCUCAUUUCCACAGUGGUUUAGUUUCAGUUAUGUCAUUUUUGCAAAAACUGAUAUAUCUGUUUCUAGGAUGUUUGACUUCUCAGAUGUUUAUCACUGCCAUUUUGUCAUACUAUGAAAAGCCAUCACUUUCCCCUUAAACAUGGAGAUAAUGUGUGCACACAUACUACGUAGAUAAAAACUGCUAAAGAUUAAAUUCUGUUAGGCAUGUUUCUUGUCCAAGAUCUACCUUAGGUAUUUAGUCUUUUGCCCCUUGUAGCUGUAAUACAGCACUCAGGUUCUAUACAACAUUUCUGCCACAGGAGUGGUGUACAGCAGUCUUUUACCUUGUAUAAUGUGGCCCAUGGAGUCAAGUAAUAAUAUUUUUGCAUAAUAAACCAUCUUCUUUAGACUAAAACUUUGAAAUACCAAAAAAUAAGAAGCGACAUAGUUAUAAAUAGGGUAUGAAAGCUUCAAGAUGUAUUUUCAAUAGGAUGAGUAAAAUGGAGGGUAGCUUUCUGGUAACUUUGCUAACUCCAUACAGAGCCACGCACAGGAAAGGAACUGUCAUUUGGAAUUGCUCAUGCUAGUGAACUGCUAUCUAAUCAAGAAUGUGCCUGGUCCAUCCUCAUUACAAAAUCUAUAAAAACCUUGCUUUAUACUUGGUAUUUUGAAAAACACAUUUGCUGUCAGAUUACUAAUUGAAUAAUGAUCCUAUCUGAUCUCAACAACAUCCAGAAUAUAGGAAAGAAAAGUUUGAUUUGCUCAUAUGCAGUAAUUUGUACCAAAGAGGAUUUUUUUAUUAGAUAUAAAAAAAGCAAAGAGGACUAAUGGUAGUUUUUAAUGCAGUAAUACACUAGUUAAAAGGCAUUAGCUUAUUAGAUAUUGUCAAUGUUUAGUUUUGCAUUUGGAAUAUGUUUCAAAGGUAAAACACUACUCGGAGCACUGAAGAAUUCAAGAAGAUAAAUUACCCUGCUGAAGUGCCUUUCUUUUUCCCCAGACCAAUUUUAUCAGUUAGGACACUUGGUGAUCUAAAAAGCACAUGUACAUUUUUUUCUGUUAGCCAAAAUAGAAAUAUCACUACUGAAAUUACGUAGUCUCUGUAAUACUUUGUUCCACAAAUUUAGUGGUUUAUUUUGGAACAUGGACUCUUGCAUGUAGAUAAUAACAGCACUUGUGUCAUAACCCACCUACAUUUUUUUACGUUUGGGAACCAGUAGCAAUUUUUUGGGAAAUAGGUUAGAAACAAUCAGGUAAAAUAACACAAUUGUAGGGAUUUGAACAACUUUUUGUUUUUAACACAAGGGGCCUGAUUCUGAUCUCCUUAAGUCUGGGGCAGAUAUUUUUAAAUGAAUACCUUUACCUUUAUCAGGUAUGAAACUGGUUUGAGAUCAAUAUCAGACACAAUUCAUUUAGUAUCCCAAGUGCAAUAUACACAUAUCCAGAAACUACAUAUGCUAGUUUGGGUCUCAAGCCAUUUAAUUGAACCUGGAAGCAGUGGGGAGACUAGAACGAGGAUGCUCAUUGCAUCACUCUUUUUAACCUUUUGGGUGCGACCCUAAACUCUCACUCAUCUUCCAUUCAUUGACCUCAGUGGGCUUUUAGAAAUGAAGCAACUAGGACUGGGUUUCCAGCAUUUAUUGAAGACACUUUUAUUGAAAUAUCUUUAAUGUAAAUGUGUGCCACUCUUACAGCAACAGGCACAGUACACUUAGGCUUAAAUUUUGGGAUAUGAAAGCAGUUUUUAAUGAUAAACACUUAUCUAAGCCUUGUUUACUCUUAAGGGGAAGUAUUAAUGUUUCCUGCAAAAAUGUGAUGCCAUUUUAUAGUAGUCCUUUAUAAUACUUAUGCAAUUCUUAAUCUUCUUAGCAUUUUAAAAUUAUAAAUGGCCAACUGAAAAUUACGCAGUUUGUCAAAAGUUAAAUUUCUGAAAAUUUGUAAUGUUUUCCAAGUAUUGGGGUAUUAUUACACUGUUCAACUGAUGGAUCCACUUAAAGCACAUGUCAUACCUUAGUGGAUAUUUUAGAUAGUAAAUAUUUUUAUGUCUCAGUAGUUACAUUUGGAAAAAGGCCCCUUUUAAUGCACAUUCGAGCAUGAAGCUCAGAGGCGAGUUCUGUGAGGUGCUAAAGUCCACUAGAGCUGAUGGCACUCAAGUUCCUUACACCUUGCAGGAUUGAUUCUCAAAUGUCAGAAAAGCACUACAUUGCCUUGGCAAUCAUCUCCCACCACAUUCCUGUAAACAUGUUUGUUUUCCAUUCCAGGCAUACCUAAAGCUCUGUGUCCUUUUGAAGUGUUUCUACCUUUUGUAUUCUUUUGUCAGAAGUGUCUUUUCAUGUUUCAGUGUAUUUACUACAGUACUACUGUAUUUAUUGCUGAGAAUGUAACUAAGAUUUGUAAAAUGUUAUAUAGUUCAUGCAAUAUAAUAAAAUAGUUUUAAAAAGUU